GGAAAAAAGAAUCCCUCAAUAGUCCAGAUUUUUUUUGUUUGUUUGUUUUUUGUUUUUUUAAAUACAACUCAAACUAAACUUUUAAAAUAGACAGAUAUACGAACAUUUUUGGGACAUAAAUUUAACAAAUUUACAUUUUGUCAGCUCACAGAUGGUUAUAGAGUUGAUUUUGGUAAGAGAUAGACUUUGUCUUAGGCCUGUAGUUAUGUUUGGGUAAAGUAUUCAAUGAGCAGUUAUGCAUGUGUGUGAAAGAGAAAAUUGUUCUGUGCACGGUGGUACAGAAUGAUCGCACUACUAUCUUGUUUUGUGUAAUAUGAUAGCAAGUAGCAAUUGCAGUGAGUCAAAGACGGUGCACAGUUCUUUUGUACUGUCAGGUAUGAGGAAGGCACAGGCUCAUUCUAGUUGGUAAAGUGGAAUGCACUUCCUUGACACCAACAACUCUGUGGGUGCCACUUGAAAUAAGGAAGCAUCUCUCUUUUAGACUUUAUAAUGCUUGUUGAGGAGCCUGAGGAUCCAGUUUAAGGUGUUAUCUUGAGCUGACAAGGAUCUCUGAGCAGACUUGCUGGAGCGCCUGCAAGAAGCCAUGUCUCACACAGACAGUCUGACUAACACAAGGCAGAGGAUGGUGGUCGUUUCUGCAGUGGAAGUAUGGGCCUCUCUGAAAUCUCUGCUGCAGGACAGCUCUGAGGAGACGAGUCCCCAGUCAAAAUUUAGUUCUGUGGGAUCCAACCAAGUCUGUGAUUUGACAGUGGAGGGCAACUUGAUGAGUUUGCACUAUGCAGAAUUACAAGAAGACAUGACCGAGGAAUGCGUCACCCAGGCACUGGAAGGCUGCUUCAAGUCUUGCAAAGAAGGGAUCAGGUCAUUCCUGCUGCUGAUUCAAGGUGGAUAUUACACAAAGAGGGACAGAAGAAUGGUUGAGAUCCUGCAGGCCCAGUUUGGAGCGGAGGCUUUGAAAUACCUGGUGAUUCUCUCAGUGGAAGAUGGAAAAGUCAUCGAUACGCUGGACGACACCCUGCUCGAUUUGAUCAACAUGUGCGACGGCAGGUACUCCCGCGUGGCUUCGUCCGCUCCGAGCGACGGUCUCCGCGCGCUGCUCGAGAUGGUCGACUUCAUGCUGGCUGAAAACGGCGCGGCCGGUUACACCGACGCCGUGCUGGCUGCCGUAAGGAAAAGGAGCACGGAGAACUCAGCCAUGAACAUGCUCAAGCAGAAGAUGCAAGAGGCCGAGGAGAAGGCGCAGGCCUUCAGACUCCUGAUGCAGCAGCAAGAGGACAGGAGAGCCAGAGAGAUGGAGGAACUGAAGGCGAAGCACGCUGAGGAGAGGAUGAAGGAGGCAGCCGAAAGGAAGCAAUAUGAGACGAAGAGAGAGGGCCUGGAGGAGGCUGUGAUGAGCCACAGAUCCAUGCUGCAGCUUCAUAUGGGCACUCCUGAUGACGAAACAAAGAAGAUAUCUAUCAUCCUGCUGGGCCUCUCUGGCAGCGGAAAGUCUUCGGCCUUGAAUCUAAUCGUAGAAAGAGCAGGGAACCAGUACUCAGUCAACGGGCCCGGUCACGAAACAGCCCCGCCGACCUUGUUUUGUGAGAGGAGGGAGACGGUGGCAGCCGGGAGGCAGCUCAUCCUGGUGGACACCCCGGAGCUGUGGGACGAGGACGGGGUAGAGAACGUGGAGCAGGUGAAGGACUGCCUGGCCCUGGCCUUACCCGGACCCCACGUCUUCCUGCUGGUCCUCCAGGUGGGGCGCUUCACCCAGGGGGAGUGCGAGAUGCUCGGACACCUGCAGAAGAUCUUCGGUAGGGAGUUCGCGGAGCACGCCAUCAUCCUGUUCGUUCAGUUUGACGCCAACCAGUACAGGCCUCAGAAGAUCAACGACUACGUGACCGGGGCUCACUCAACCCUGCAGGAGCUCAUCCGCAAGUGUGGCUGUCGCUAUUAUGAGCUGAACAUUACCAAGAGCCAGAAUGCUCUGAGCUAUCCGCAGGUGAAAGACCUCCUUGCAGGAAUCAACAAACUGGUGGCCUCGCAUGGAGGACACCCGUACUCAACAAAGAGGUUUUCUGUGCAGGAGCUGCAGGACAGGAAUAACGUGAUUGAAGACAGGAAGGAUGGGGCACUGGAAGUCAACUACUUAUUAAGAGAUGAAUAAUUUGUACUCUACAUGCAGAGGGAAAGAAUGAUGUAGUAAAAUGCAAUGCCUCAAUCCAGCAUUCAAUAUUAUCUCUCUGACUCUUCCAAUGUUUGCUAGUGUUGAUAUGUUGAUUCAGUUACAUGGACUAGGCUGCCAACGCACGUACUGAAUUACAUUCCACAUGUUUUGGGGUUUUUUCUAGGAGCUAAUAUGAUAUCAUGGUAUGUUGUUCAAAGGUAGAUCAUGUACAUUUUUUUGCUCUGAAUGAAUUAUUUGCUUUCAAAAAGAACGUAUCUACAGGACUUGUUUCCUCCUGGAGAAUCAGAAAGUCAACGUUCCAAACGAAUGUUCCCGUCUGUUUAUCCGUGCAGAGCGGUGAUUUGUAGGACGUGCCCGUCGGUAUGCAGACUGACAAGUUCACCAGAUUUACUCGCUGAUAUCUCGCUUGCCUUAUAGUUACAUCCUUGAGGGCACGCCUCCAAAUGCACUCGCUUGCCAACAAACUGACACAAAAAUAAGAACGAUGUGAAAUUAUGUUAAGAUUCGAUUCUAGCCGUUAUUGUGCAACUCUUGCUUUAUCUCUGCUCCAUCCACGUCUUAGUGUGCUUUAAUGUCUUUACAUUAUUUAGCUUUAGUCUGCUCUCUAAUAUUUUCAUUUCUAUCUCCACUUGUUACUUCAUGUCAAUUGUAGAAACUACUAAAAAAAAUUACAUGACAGCAGAAUAAGAUCAGGUGUAUUUUAUUGUGUAUCAAUAAAUGUGAAUUUGUGCA